UAGAAUCCCGUCGCGUCGCACCUGCACUUAUCCGUCUUGCAUCCAAACUUUGCGCCGGCUUUCGUUUUCAACACGACAACAAACCAAAAAAACAAGUUCAACCUCCAAACUUGAAUUGCACAAACAUCCAACACAUUAAUUAGGCUUCUAGAUUGCCAAUUACUCGACAAUGGCGUGGGGAGGUGAUGACGACAGGCGGCCAGAUGCGGAUGAGGGAGAGGAAGAGCUGGAUGAGACUGAUUACAAGACACAAAAAGAUGCCGUGUUGUUUGCGAUUGAUGUCAGCUCGUCGAUGCUUCAACAGCCCCCGGCUACGGACAAGAAGAAGGCGGACAAGGACUCGGCUAUUGCUGCAGCCCUGAAAUGCGCCUAUCAAUUCAUGCAGCAACGCAUCAUUGCGCAACCUAAGGAUAUGAUGGGAAUCCUGCUCUUCGGCACAGAAAAGUCAAAGUUCCGUGACGAGGUUGGCGGCCGCAGCUCUGGGUACCCUCACUGCUACCUCUUUACCGAUCUUGACGUCCCCGCUGCUGAGGACGUCAAGAACCUGAAGGAAUUGGUGGAGGAAGGGGAAGACCCAGACGAAGUGCUUGUCCCGGCGAAGGAGCCCGCGUCUAUGGCCAAUGUGCUCUUUUGCGCCAAUCAGGUGUUCACCACCAAUGCGGCAAACUUUGGCUCCCGACGGCUGUUCAUUAUCACGGACAACGAUAGUCCACAUGGAAAGGACAAGGCGGCAAAGUCUGCGGCAGCAGUACGCGCGAAGGAUCUUUAUGACCUUGGUGUUGUCAUCGAACUUUUCCCCGUUAGCCACGAAGGAAAAGCCUUUGAUGUGUCCAAAUUCUAUGACGAUAUCAUUUAUCGCGACCCGGCGACUGAGGCGGGUUCUUCAGAUGAGGUCAAGACCUCCAAGUCGGGCGAUGGCCUGAGCCUCCUGAACUCCCUUAUAUCCAACAUCAACUCAAAACAGACACCGAAACGGGCGUAUUUCUCGAACCUGCACUUCGAAAUUGCGCCCAAUGUCACAAUAUCAGUAAAGGGCUACAUGCCUCUCCAUCGCCAACAGCCUGCACGCACAUGCUACGUUUGGCUUGGGGGGGAGCAAGCGCAGCUUGCCCAAUCCGAGACCAUCAAAGUUGAUUCAGCAACGAGGACUGUCGAUAAGUCCGAGGUGAAGAAGGCGUACAAGUUCGGCGGCGAGUACAUUCACUUCAAACCCGAGGAAGCGGCAUCGUUAAAGAACCUCGGGGGAAAGGUGCUUCGAGUCAUCGGGUUCAAGCCGCGCUCUCUGUUGCCGACGUGGGCUUCGGUGAAGAAGUCUAUCUUCAUCUUCCCGAGCGAAGAGCAAUUUGUCGGCUCCACCCGUGUAUUCUCUGCGUUGUGGCAGAAACUGCUCGACGCGGACAAGGUCGGAAUCGCAUGGUUUGUGGCCCGCGAAAACGCGAAUCCCAUCAUGGUGGCCAUCAUCCCUUCAAGAGCGAUGGACGAUGAGACAUCGGAGACGCCAUAUCUCCCGGCGGGACUAUGGCUGUACCCGCUUCCCUUUGCCGACGAUGUCAGGAACGUGGAUCUGUCAGCACCACCAAAGCCGGCCGACGAGCUCACGGACAAGAUGCGGGAGAUCGUCCAGAACCUCCAGCUACCAAAAGCCAUGUACAACCCGCUAAAAUACCCCAACCCGUCCUUGCAAUGGCAUUACAAGAUCCUGCAGGCCAUGGCACUCGAAGAGGACGUACCAGAAACCUUGGACGAUGCAACGAUCCCAAAGUAUAAACAAAUCGACAAGCGGGUUGGCGGGUAUUUAGCCGACUGGAAGGAAGCACUCGCCGAGAAGGCUGGGGGGCUCAUGAAGAGCAGAGCAAUGAAGCGUGAGGCGGAGGACGAGGAAGUGAGCCGGCCGCUAGCGAAGCGCACCAAGCCCGCCCCGAAGAAAGCAGCGGGAGGUCAGUUGAGCAAUGCGCAGCUCAGGGUUGCUUUCGAACAAGACACGCUCAAGAAGAUGACGGUGGCAGAGCUGAAGGAUGUGUUGGCGAGUAAGGGAGUCAGUGCAGUGGGUAAGAAGGCGGACUUGGUGGAGAAGUUGGAACAGUGGAUCGAGGAAAACGCGUGAAUGCAGGAAGAAUCUUUCUCUUUGGUAUCAGCUGCUUCUAGGUUGGCUUGGAAUGAUGAUGCUAUAGCGGAGCGGAGAAACCUAAAGUGUACCUAUACUACUACUU